UCAUCAUGUUGGCCAAGUUGGUCUCGAACUCCUGACCUCAGGUGAUCCAUCUGCCUCGGCCUACCUUCAAAGUGCAGGGAUUACAGGCGUGAGCCUGUUUGGAGAUUUAAUAUCAUUUUUCAAACCUCAGGAAGUAUUUGAGUAGAUCGCUUGCUUCUAAAUUGGUUACCUAGAAAAUAAGUUCUUUAUCUAUUUAGUAUGAUACCUGGAUUGAGCCUCUAGCUAUUUUGCUUUUUUCUUUCUAUCUGUAUUAUUGGAUGAUUGAUGCCUAUUUUCUAUGGUUAUGAAUAUAGACAUUUUAAAUGAAAGUCUUGGUAUAUAAAUUUUUCAAAAUAAUUGUAUUUCCUGUUUUAAAGUCUUAGAAUUAAUAUAUGGGAUUUAUCUUAUGUUAAUCUUACAUUUAGGAUUUUGUGAAAAUGGAAAAUUAUGAGGCAUUGGUAGGCUUUGAUCUCUGUAAUACACCGCUCUCCACUGUUGCUCAGAAGAUUAUGUCUGCUAUGCAUUCAGGUGAUUUAGUGGAUUCUAAGACUUGGGGAAAGAGUACAGAGACUACAGAAGUGAUAAACAAGUCCAGUGUUAAGUAUUCAGUACAACUUGAAGGUGGGAAGAAUCGAUCACCAGAAAAAAAGAAUCUUAAAUCUUCAAGAAGUCAGACAUCAAGAGGUUCCGCCAAGCUCUCUCCUCAGUCCUUCGGUGUCAGACUCACAGAUCAGCUAUCUACUGACCAAAAACAAAAGAGCAUCAGCUCAUUGGCUCUUUCAAGUUGUUUAAUUCCACAGUAUAAUCAAGAGGCUUCAGUUCUACAGAAAAAGGAGCAUGAAAGAAAGCAUUUCCUAAUGGAGAAUAUAAAUAAUGAAAAUAAAGGAAGUAUUAAUCUUAAAAGAAAACAUAUUACAUAUAAUAAUUCUUCAGAGAAAACAAGUAAACAAAUGGCAUUGGAAGAAGGUACUGAUGAGGCUGAAGCCCACCUAAAUUCUGGGAACUCAGGAGCAUUGAAAAAACAUUUUUGUGAUAUUAGGCAUUUGGAUGAUUGGGCAAAAAGCCAGCUGAUUGAAAUGCUCAAACAGGCAGCAGCCCUGGUGGUAACUCUGAUGUAUACUGAUGGUUCCACCCAGUUAAGAGCUGACCAGACCCCCAUUUCCUCUGUUAGAGGAAUUGUGAUGUUACUCAAGCGCCAAGCAGAGGGUGGCCAUGGUUGUCCAGAUGCCCCGGCCUGUGGUCCUGUCCUGGAGGGCUUUGUGUCGAAUGAUCCAUGCAUCUACAUUCAAAUAGAGCACUCUGCUAUCUGGGACCAAGAACAGGAGGCACAUCGACAAUUUGCCCGCAAUAACCAAAGAACCUCGACUUUCUGGGACCAAGAACAGGAGGCACAUCAACAAUUUGCCAGGAACGUGCUAUUUCAAACACUGAAAUGUAAAUGUCCUGUUAUUUGUUUUAAUGCCAAGGAUUUUGUGAGAAUAGUGCUGCAGUUUUUUGGUAAUGAUGGCAGUUGGAAGCAUGUUGCUGAUUUUGUAGGGUUAGAUCCCAGAAUUGCUGCAUGGCUUAUAGAUCCUAGUGAUGCCGUACCCUCUUUUGAAGAUUUAGUAGAAAAAUACUGUGAAAAAUCCAUUACGGUUAAAGUGGACAGCACAUAUGGAAAUUCCUCAAGAAAUGUUGUGAAUCAGAAUGUACGUGACAACCUGAAGAUACUCUACAGACUUACAAUGGACCUUUGCUCUAAACUGAAGGAGUAUGGUUUAUGGCAACUAUUUUGUACUUUGGAGCUUCCUUUGAUACCAAUUUUGGCAGUGAUGGAAAGCCACGCCAUUCAGGUGAACAAAGAGGAGAUGGAGAAGAUGUCAGCACUUCUUGGGGCUCGUCUCAAGGAAUUGGAGCAAGAAGCUCAUUUUGUUGCAGGAGAACAGUUUCUUAUAAUGAGCAGUAACCAGCUUCGAGAGAUCCUCUUUGGCAAGUUAAAGCUGCACCUGCUGAGUCGAAGGAACAGUCUCCCCAGAACAGGGCUACAGAAAUACCCGUCCACAUCAGAAGCAGUGUUAAAUGCUCUGCGAGACCUUCAUCCAUUACCCAAGAUAAUUUUGGAAUACAGGCAGGUUCACAAGAUCAAGUCAACCUUUGUAGAUGGAUUAUUAGCUUGUAUGAAAAAGGGCUCCAUUUCCUCUACAUGGAAUCAGACUGGAACUGUGACUGGAAGACUUUCAGCCAAGCAUCCUAAUAUCCAAGGUAUCUCCAAGCACCCAAUUCAGAUUACUAAACCUAAGAAUUUUAAAGGUAAAGAAGACGAGAUUCUCAUGAUCUCCCCGAGGGCCAUGUUUGUUUCAUCCAAAGGCCACACCUUUCUAGCAGCAGACUUUUCACAGAUUGAAUUGCGCAUUCUUGCACAUUUAUCUGGGGAUCCAGAACUUCUGAAGUUAUUCCAGGAAUCUGAAAGAGAUGAUGUAUUUUCUACUCUGACUUCACAGUGGAAGGACGUGCCCAUGGAACACGUGACACACGCAGACAGAGAGCAAACCAAGAGGGUGGUAUACGCGGUGGUCUAUGGAGCAGGGAAGGAGAGGCUUGCUGCUUGCCUUGGAGUUCCUGUCCAGGAAGCUGCCCAGUUUUUGGAGAGUUUUUUGCAGAAGUACAAGAAAAUCAAGGACUUUGCCCGAGCGGCUAUUGCCCAGUGUCACCAGACAGGCUAUGUGGUGUCCAUCAUGGGCAGAAGGAGACCCCUGCCAAGGAUUCACGCUCAUGACCAGCAACUCCGGGCACAAGCAGAGCGACAGGCAGUGAACUUUGUGGUGCAAGGCUCCGCUGCUGACCUCUGCAAGCUGGCCAUGAUCCGUGUCUUCACUGCAGUGGCCACUUCCCGCACCUUGACGGCCAGGUCAGUGGGUGGCGGUCAGCCUGCCUGGGCCCCAGCCCUUCCCAGGGCUUGGAUGGGAGGGUUAGUGUUCUGCGGGAAGACCCUCUGGGGGCUCACGAUUCUGACUGCUCACCAUCUCUGCUCAUCGGGCCCCCAACCCCUCCCGAGGCUCUCAGCCUGUGGCAGGCCCUGGGGGCUACCCCCAGCAGGCAUGCAGACAGCAACCAGCCAUCUACCAGCAUGGGGCGCAGAUGAGGCCUUUCCAGACAGAAAUGCUGUCUCCCCCAGACCCCUCCUCCUCAGGGUGUCUGCACAGCACAGGGGCACCCCUUGGGGCUGCCCACCCCAGAGGCAGGUGAACCCCUCAGCCCCUUGAGCAGGACCCUGGGAACUCCAAACUGUCCCCACUCCUACCUGUUGCUGCCACCAAUGCCAGGCAGUGUGCCCCACGUCCAGCUCUGGCUGCAGCCCCGAGCCCAGAGCCAACGUUCAGACGUGCCUUGGUGGUGGAGGCUCCGCCGUGGCUGCCCCCCAGGCCACAGCUCUCUCAGGCCUCUGUCCCUGCCUCAGUUAUUCCCCCAGGGCACAUACCUGAAGAGUUUGGGCAGCCAGAGGACAAGCAGCCCUCACCCAACCACCUCCUCCUUGCCAACCAAGGCCCUGGGGUUGCUGGAAAUGGCCACCCAGACACCUCCUCUCCUCGUUCUCCUUGUGGGGGAUCCCCUCAGGAAUCCCAGAGCCCCUUCUGGGAGCUGACCUGCCUCAGCCCCCCACAGUGUCAGCCCCCAGAAGGGCCUCUGGCACUCUGACCCACCAUAGACGUUUUCCUACCCCCACCCUAAGGGCCCUCAAGCUCUUGGCGCCAGUCCCAUGGGGGCAACCUCUGCAGACCAGGGUGCACCUGCCACUGCAGAUGCAUCCAGGAGGGGAGCCCAGGGUGGGCUGAGGCAGAGGCUUCUAGAGUAUAAGAUGUGGCUCAGGCCUCUCCAGUGUGCACACCCCUGACUUUGGGUUGUGGGUCCUGCCUACCCGUGGCCGCUCUUUUCCAUCUCAUCACAAACCUCCUUGCAGGAGCUUACACAAACCCAUGUCCUGCCUACAACUUCACAACAUCUGAGCUUACAACUUUCUCUUGGCUUUUGAUGUUAUUUUACAUUCUCAAGGCAUGAUUUUUUGCCUUAUUAGAGAUCCCUCAUCUCUCUUUAAAAGUGGCCUCCUGGCCGGGCGCAGUGGCUCAAGCCUGUAAUCCCAGCACUUU